GUUAUGACAAUAAUCAUUUUUUCAUUUUAGAUAAUUUUGAAGAUUUUUUUAUUUUUACAUUUUUUAUUUAUUUACUGAUUUAUAGAAUUUUAUAUUUUCUUACAUAUUAAGUACUUUAUCAGUGGCACAAGAGUGAGUUAAUAACGAUAAAAUGUUUGAAGAUGACGAGGACGAGAUUUAUGAAGCCAUUUAUGAAAACGGGCACUGGGUGUGGGAUACCCAGGAUGAAGCAUUAAAAUUUAUAAGAAAUGUGGUAUCGGAAUCGGAUGUAUAUGCGCCACUAUCAACCACUAAGCUCAAAACCAUCGAGUUUAAAGAUGACAAAGAUCUUUGGGAGCAGCAAAAAUUUCGAAAACGCAUGCAGAGAAAAACAACUGAUUUCGAUGUCGUAACGCUUCAGGACGUGAAGGAUGUGGUGUUAUUUACAGCGCCAACUUCAAUAUUGUCUCCAGCAGUGAUAAACAUGUUACACCUGCCCACCACAGAGCGGUUUUUACGAGCUUUAAUAUUGUGCUGCCAGUACUACUUACAGGUAUCAGAAAUAAUGACUAAUCGAACUAUAGAGCUGGAAACAAAGCUGCGAACGGAAAAUAGCGCGGAAAUAGAAGCCAAAUACGGAGAUGAUAUGGAAGAUCUGAGAUUGCUCAUCGCUAAGGAUUAUUAUAUGAUGCUUCUGGGUGAGGGAGAUUUUGCUAAAUACCAUCACAUGGGUACUCAAAAAUUACACUCACUAUCCAAAAAAGAGGCUGCUUUUUUCGAAACUAUAUUAAAGAUAGCCAUUCAAAUUGUCUGGAUUGCUCUAGGUCGAAAAUAUUACAAUCAAAUCGAAUUGGAGGUAAAUAGAAUAUUUAAAUCUGAUAUUUACAACUCCGCGGAGCACAAAUUAAAUACAAACUAUCAAGUUAAAAUGAAUGACAGAGAGCAGUCUGUUUUAUUUGGACACUGCCUGCAUCUUGGUAAGAAAGUUAACAGCAACUCACCUCUUAUAAACGAGGUAUACUGCCAUCGUGGCAUCGACUACCGUUUGUUUGGACUUGGGGCUAUAAAAUAUCCCGGAUUAAAAAGACGCUUAAGUUUUUUGGAAGGUAUACUAUCAGAACCAGAGGAAAAGUUUACAGAAUAUGGCUUUACUCUUGGUAUUUUAGGACUCGCUCGUUCGAGGUUUGAUAUAAUGUUGAAAGAAAUCAAAGCCCCUGCAGGAGCAGGCAGCGUGUCCUCAGCUAGCAUCAGGCAUAGUUUAUCAAGGACAUCAAGAGUAAUGUCUCGUAAAAGCACGGCAUCCGCUAUUCCACAGAAGCUGUAUCCAAACAUUUAUAUACCGAGGAAGGACGAAAUAAAUGACAUCCUUGCCGACUUUUGUAAAGAAUCUCUUCCAAAGCUAAAAAGAAAUGAAGAACAACGUUUGAAAUGGAUCCACCGCAUCAGUGGAAGAAAAGCUCUUAGGAAAGUUAUAAAAAAAGUUCCUUGAUCUUUUGAGUUUGACUUACCCUUAGGCAUCAAACGAAUAAAGGCAAAGAAAUAUAUUGUAUAACUGAUUGACAAAACAUGCAUGAUAUAAAA